AAGGGAUUAUUUUCUUCAUUGUCUCUCUACUAUAAGCUCUCUCCAUCCUUGAUCUAUAAAGUACUUGGUUCCACACAAUUUCUUCUAUUUUCUUAUGUUAACAUUUGGCGCUCAUUGUGGGGCUAAGUUCUUUUUAAUCCAUGAACACCACUUGCCAAAUUUUAAAAACUCACCACUUAUGCUCACAGAUUGAUGGGAAUCAAGACGACAGCAUAUCUACUACAUCAUGUGAUCCAUUACACACCCAAGGAGGUCCAAUCAUACGAGCUAGAGCUAAGAAGAUGUGUGAAGCUUUAAAUGGCCUUAUUGAGCAGAUCUGGGUUGAAAACAACAUACAACAAGCAAAUCGAAGCUUGGAUGAUCAUCAAGGCAUGGUAAACAUCAUUCAGGUUCAAGAAAAGCUUAGUUAAGGUCAUUUGCACGGAAUUACACAGUUUGCAUCAAAAUCGCAUAGUUCUGCCACAAUUUAUAGCAAACUGAUAUUUCAUGUUAUUUUAGGUUAUUUUUAGUGAUUUUCACGUUUUUUGUAUUAUUUUUGGGCUGAACAUUCACUUAUUUGAAGCCCAAUUUGUGAUUAUUAGGUUUAGGACUUAGGGUGUUAAUUUCCUAUUCUGAUUAGGAUUUGUUUUCUCUAUUUAAAAGGCUUGUAACCCUAAUGGGGAGGAGGCUAUUGAAUCUGAGAUUU